CUUGGAUUUGAUAGCCCUGGCUCGAUGAUGUCGCGAUAACUUCCCGGUCCGAAUGCAGAAAUGUACAAUAAUGAUUUUCGGGGCAUCACAGCCGCACAAGGAUAAAACAGCCUAAUCGCAAUCAUUUAAUCUGAGUGUCACGCACUGUGGUGCGCAUGCGUUUGAGGGUGCCAUGAAGGUUAAGGUGAUCUCCAUCCUGGAGGACAACUACAUGUACCUGGUGAUUGAGGAGCGGAGUAAGCAGGCCGUAGCUGUGGACCCUGCUGUACCACACCGGCUGCUAGAAAUAGUGAAGCGAGAGGGCUUGUCCCUGACGGCUGUUCUCACCACACACCAUCACUGGGACCAUGCUCGAGGCAAUGAGGCUCUGCUGAAGGAGGUUCCUGGGCUGAAUGUGUUCGGGGGAGAUGAUCGGAUCGGGGGUCUGACGGAUAAAGUCACCAAUGCCCAGGAGCUCAAGUUUAACUCCAUCAAUGUGAGGUGUCUGUUUACUCCCUGCCAUACCUCUGGUCACAUGUGCUACUUUGUUUGGGAGGAUGAGUGCACUGACGCCCCUGCUGUGUUCACAGGGGAUACGUUGUUUAUUGGUGGAUGUGGGCGGUUUCUUGAGGGUACAGCAGAACAGAUGUACCACAAUCUCACUCAGGUGCUCGGCUCCCUACCUCAAGACACGAAGGUGUUCUGUGGACAUGAGUAUACCAUUAAGAACCUGAAGUUUGCCAUGCUGGUGGAGCCAGAGAACGAAAAGGUUAAAGAGAUGCUGAGCUGGGCCAGGGCAAGAGAUGAUGAUGACAAACCCACAGUGCCAUCUACCCUAAUGGAAGAGUUUGACUACAACCCUUUUCUUCGCCUCUCGGAGAAAGGAGUACAAAAGUUCACAGGGAAGACGGACCCCAUAGAGGUGCUGAGGGUCCUGCGGAAGGAGAAGGACAAAUUUAAGAAGCCCAAGGAGAGACUUCCUCCUCAUGCCAUGUUGGCUUUGGAAUGGGGGCUUCUCAGACCCAGUUUGAACAGCUGAAUGCAGCAAGACACAAGACUGUACAGUGUGAUGUUUGUUGCUUUAACCCUACAUUUAACCAAUUCACACUGCUCGGGGGCCUGGUUGACUGCCAUGGACGCGUGUUGUUUUUGUAAUUAUAAAACAAUGUCUGCACAAAAAGGCCUGUAUAAAGCUGCUUUUAUUAAAUAUUCCUACAACCUAAUUAAUUAAUUUAAGGGUUGGUCUCCCAGUCUGUUAGGAACUGUACCAAGUAACAUCUGCUAAUACUAAUGUACAUGUGUUUUGUGUAUUUAUUGCUUUAAAUAACUGGUUUUGGGAGAAAAAUAAGCUUAAUUUUUAUAUGGCUUAUUUGCAUUACAACAGUUCUUUUAUUUUAUUUUCUGUCAGGUGACCUUGUGACUGCCAGCGCAUAGUAGAACAAACAUGCAGUGGACAUCGCUAUGAAUCUAAAUAGCUGCUUCUCCUCACGGUUCGCGAGCUUAUGCAGUAACUGUACCUCAAGAGUCAAGAUUAUUCAAUAAAACAUCUGUCUGAAUAAA